AUGCCGGAGGUAGAGGUCGAUGAGUUCGAGGAGAUACUGGCCUUAGAGAAUCUCGAUCUGUACGAGUGGUUGUCGGCGCAGUCGGCAGCCCCUAGUGAGCUUGUAGAGAGCAACUCUGUAUUCCGCAAAUUGUUGGAGUAUACCGGCUCGUCUUCCUCUUGA